CGCCGGGGCUAUGCAAUGGAGGCGUAAAGGCGUGUGUUGACGUGUGUAGACGUUUAAGGCAGUUCGAAAAGUAUUAUGUGAUUAUUGUGCAAUAUAACAUUUUGAGUUUGGAUUGUUGAAGUCUGUAUCGCCAGACUGCGCUUGUUUGAGUCGUCUUUGUUUUGAAAUUUGUACGUGGGUGAGGUGGCCGGAUUUUAGAAUCCAGCCUGCAGGUAAAAUUUCAAAAAUUCAAUACAAGUGAGCCUAAGAUGACGAGCAGUAGUCCAACCAGUGCAGAUGCCUGCCUCAGUAUCGUUCACAGUUUAAUGUGCCAUCGACAAGGAGGGGAGAGUGAGAGUUUCUCAAAGCGUGCCAUUGAGAGCCUUGUCAAAAAGUUAAAGGAAAAGAGGGAUGAACUUGACAGUUUGAUUACUGCCAUUACAACCAACGGAGCUCAUCCAAGCAAGUGUGUCACCAUUCAGAGGACAUUAGAUGGAAGACUUCAGGUGGCUGGAAGAAAAGGUUUCCCACAUGUCAUAUAUGCCAGAAUUUGGAGAUGGCCUGAUUUGCAUAAAAAUGAGCUGAAACAUGUCAAGUUUUGUCAAUUUGCAUUUGAUUUGAAGUGUGAUUCAGUUUGUGUGAACCCAUAUCAUUAUGAAAGGGUUGUUUCACCUGGAAUUGAUCUCUCUAGCCUCAGCUUACAACCAUCUGGUGGAGCGUCGUCAUCUAGCGCAAUGGUAAAGGAUGAAUAUCUUUCGCGAAGCAUGGACGUGGAUGGCAGUGGAGGUGGUCAGCCUCAGAUGGGUAUGGGAAUGUCGACACCUGGGGUGUCAGGAGUUGUCCCACAAAUGCCUCCUACAAUGCAACAACAACCUCCUCAAACUAUACAGCAUCAUGGUCCUCCACCUACACCGACCUUCACUUCCAUGAUGCCACAUCCGUCUCAGAAUCAAGGGCAAUUGCCACCUAGUAGUCCGACUAGCCCGCCGCACAAUAUGCAGCAGGUGCAACAACAACAGCAGCAGGUUCAACAGCAGCAGGUUCAACAGCAGCAGGUUCAACAGCAGCAGGUUCAACAGCAGCAGGUUCAGCAACAGCAGGUUCAGCAACAGCAACACAGUAUCCCGACGCCCACACCUCAAGGGGCCUCAUCGUCGAGUAGUGGACAGGUCUUUUUUGGCAACGACAUGCCAUCAAGCUCUGCGGGCUUGAUCCCUAUGUCACCGCAUAACCUCCAACAGAAUGGAUUUCAACCACUCAAUUCUCAAAAUACGGUUGGUCAGCAGCAGAGCUAUGCUCCUCCGCAAGGUGUACCUCCACCUAUGGCCGUUGCAAUGAACAAUCAGCCGGUCGUCGGAUCGGGCUCGGUAUCGUGUCCUCCUAGCGGUGCCGGUGUAAGUGGACAGGGUACAUGGACUGGGAAUAGCACGUUAACCUACACGCAAACUAUGCAACCUCCCGAUCCAAGGAAUCAUCACCCGAGCUACUGGCCUCACCAAACUCCUACUGUGCAGCAACAUGAUUUAGGAGUACAAACCCCUCUGUCGUCGCAACCAGUACCAGAGUUCUGGUGCUCGGUUGCAUAUUUUGAGUUAGACACGCAGGUGGGAGAAACGUUCAAAGUUCCAUCGUCCUGUCCAACUGUGACUGUUGACGGAUACGUUGAUCCCUCAGGCGGUGACCGGUUUUGCUUGGGAGCCCUUAGCAACGUGCAUCGAACUGAUCAGAGUGAAAGGGCACGUUUACAUAUAGGUAAAGGAGUGCAGUUGGAUCUACGUGGAGAAGGAGACGUUUGGCUCCGCUGCUUGUCUGAUCACAGCGUUUUUGUUCAGAGCUACUACCUGGAUCGAGAAGCUGGUCGAGCUCCAGGAGAUGCAGUUCAUAAGAUAUAUCCUUCGGCCUACAUCAAGGUGUUUGACUUGAGGCAGUGUCAUGGGCAAAUGCAACAGCAGGCAGCCACCGCUCAGGCUGCAGCUGCUGCUCAAGCCGCUGCGGUAGCUGGGCAUAUGCCCGGUUCCAACAAUGUUCCUGGCAUGCCACCGCCAAUUAGUUUGACGGCUGCCGCGGGUAUCGGAGUAGAUGAUUUGAGAAGACUUUGUAUCCUCCGGCUCUCGUUUGUUAAAGGAUGGGGUCCUGAUUACCCGCGAAAUUCAAUCAAGGAAACUCCUUGUUGGAUUGAGGUUCAUUUACAUCGCGCACUACAGUUACUUGACGAGGUAUUACAUACUAUGCCAAUUGAUGGGCCAAGACCUCAUGAAUAAAAAUAGCCAACCUCUAAAAAUGGCAAUGGAAUUUUCCCAUUUUUACAUUUAAGCUGAAAACGUCAAUCAAUUUAAAAUUGGACGUGCCACAUUUGUGCAAUAGCAUUCAAAUUCUUAUGGGUUUCCCGUUGUACCAUGCAUGUCCUGGACAUUCUAAGAAAAUUAGCUGACGUCUCUCCCGUCUUUUUUUUUUGGUUAACAGAGAGUGCUUCUUCUCUGAUGUUUGACACUAUAUCGUAUUGUUAAUGAUGCUUGGUGUGAAGAACUCCAAUAUUGCAUGCCGUCUUUUGUUUUCCAUGUUACUUUUACAUUUGGCUACUCAGUCUGUCGAUUAAAAGAAAAUAAGACUUGCCCAGAA